CGUUUAUUUUCCUUUUCGUUUUCGUUAGGCACCGUAUUCGAGGAUACCUUAAGCCACCGGUUCAGUCCACAUCAUGUCCUUCGAUCGUCUUUCGUCGCUAGAAGCCGGAGCUUCUUCUGGUGGACCAGGUAUUGGUGCAUCAUACCAUGAUGAUCCCGACUUCCAGCGCUUGACGGAGUCUCUGUCAAAUCAAUUAUUUACAUUGACUUCAAACAUAUCCCGACUGUCAAACCAGAUUGGUCUACUUGGAACAAAGCGUGAUACCGAGCGGGUUCGAGAAAGAAUACAUAAUCUGUUAGAGGAAACCCGGGAUGGAUUUCGAGUAGUUGGCGAAGGGGUGAAGAAGGUUCAGACAUGGGAGGAUAUAACUCCUGCGCAGAAAUGGACACAGCAGAAACUGUCGUCGGAAUUCAAGUCAACUCUUGAAGAAUUCCAAUCCGUUCAACGCCGCGCCCUCGAAAAACAGCGCGCCUCUGCAGCGGCUGCACGGUCAGCUCUUGAGGAAACUGCUGCCGUUGAAUCGCCCCAGGAAGGACAAUCUCUUCAGCAAUUACAGGAGCAACAACCGCGGCUUGCUUCUCAGGAAGAAGUUGAUUUCCAGGAUGCUCUGAUUAUCGAGCGCGAGGCAGAGAUUAGGAAUAUCGAACAGAGUGUGGGCGAACUGAAUGAGCUAUUCCGUGACGUCGCCCACAUUGUCCGAGAACAAGGAGGGCAGCUAGACUUAAUCAGUGAGAACGUGGAGCGAACGAGGGAUGAUACGCGUGGUGCUGAUAGGGAACUACGAAGUGCUAGCAGGUAUCAGAAAAACGCGAGGAAUAAAGCUUGCUGCCUUCUGCUUAUCCUAGCGAUUGUCCUAGUCAUUAUCGUCCUUGCUGUGACCCUCGGAUGAUACGCUGAAGCAUUUCCCCGGGGCCGCCAGUGUUGUAUGGUUAUAUGGGUUCGGCGCUUGCUUUAUGAUUCCCUCUCAGUUGGUCAUCGUUCUCAGCUUAUGAUAAUAGCAGUGUAUUGUUAUGAUUGGUCGAAGUUCUUUAUACAUUUGGUGUUACAUAUCAUACAAUAUCUUUCCUAGUUUCUCAUAAUAAUAAAUAAUAAUCAUACAUGCCUUGUUUUAUGUCAUGAGCAGUGACUUUCUGCUGCGAGGAUAUAGCCACUGGGAUAUUCAUGAUAGCCCCAAAAAACGGCCAAUCCUCAUUUUCCACCCUUCCAAUGAGUUCAGCUUUGGGCGGACAUCCAGGUAAAAACUCAGCUUUCCGUCUGGACCACUAGUACCCAAUCCUAAGCCGCCCCCAGAUUUCCCCUGGUAAAAGUCGAUAACGUAUUCGACUCUUUCACCACCGCAUCUCUCUACCACCCAAUCAUGGCGGUCAAAUGGAAGCUGGUAGCCUAAUAGGCCAUUUAAUCUCGCUCUCGGGCUCAAAAAUUGAGUUUCCGUGCCUAAUCCUCGGAAUGAAUAUAGUUUUGGGCCACCACAUUUUCGACUUCCCGGGUCCGAAGUAGGUGCCCGAGAUUCCCAGGAGAGGAUUUCUAGCCAAGCCCGUUCGUUGACGGCAUUGUGGAUUGGUAUUAUUGAUGCUACAGAAGUAGCAAGUUCUUUGGCGGACGUUGUAGACGUGAGAGUUCCUUUACGCAUUAAGGCUUCAAAAAACUGGCGUUCAGACGGAUAGACCCAGUUGCCCGUGGUUUGGUCAUGGCCUGUUUCACUUUCGGAAUUUGAAGGAGCAGAGUGUGACGCAGCUGAAGAUGACUGCUGGGCAUAUGGCGAAGGAAGUUGAGAUGGCGGUCUUUGUUCGGAAUGGCCGGAUAAGGCUCGUGGGAUACUGCUAACCUCCCUGUCUGUGGAAAGGGGUCUGUGCUUCACUUGUGGUGAAUUUGAGUCAGUGGACGACGGCUCUGGGGCGGGAUUCGUGGAUUUCUCGGAUGUUGAAAGCCAGGCGGCACGGGCCUUAUGAUCGACCGGGCACGAUGAAAUUUCCUCGGGGUUGGGGCGUGGAGGAGGACUUGGUGCCUGGCUUUUUGAGAGCCAGACUUCGCGAGCUUUGUGGUCGACAGGACACGAUGCCGCUGGUGGAGCGGCGGUGCUCUCCGUCGAAGACGGCGUACUAGCACCAGCUCCCAUGAUGACAGCUCAAAAUAUCAUGCCAAACAGUCCAUUGAAAGGUUGAGGAUCAUGUUUGUCAUUGUUCAGAGAUCGCUCAGCUUCGAAUGCUUUUCGUCCC